AUAAUACGGGAUUGAAGUCCAUAUUAAUCACGAAAAAAUCAACCUUAACGCAUAACGGAGUGAAUAACUUCCGAAAUACUUAUGUUUGGUCAUUGAACGAUCCUCACGUAGUUCGCCAGUCAAAUUUGAACAAACAUCUUCUAUGAAAGUUUGGACUGUGGUGUUAAAUAGCAUGGUCAUUGGACGUUUUAUUUUUUCGAAUCGGCUGGACGGUUUACAAUACCUUUUACGAAAUGUUUUAACAACAUCGACAACUUCGAAGAUCACUUAUAAGUGACAAGGUCAUACUUGAUAUCUCUGUAAAUGGAGGCUAUGGUCACAAAGAUGUAUUUUAUGAGUAACAAACAAAAAAUAGCACUGGCGUCGCAAGUCGCAAAGGGGCCAAUGCACACAGCUCCUGCGGGCUUUGGAUUGAGUUCUGCGAGUCCGUGUAUCAAAAUUGAUUACAUAAGGUAAGAUCUGGCAACUACGUAACGAGUGACUGAUCGUGUGUCAUUCCUGUCAACUGCCAUUAGUUGUUGUGUUGUCGGGUAAAAAAGCUAACCUCAAACCUCAAGUGAAGAUUUUUACUCAGUUUUUAAGUUCACCGUUUGUUAUGAUGAACAUUUAGUUAUAUUUAUAAUUGUUUUCUCAUACCGUUUUAUCACAUUCACGUAUCUUUCACGAGCAAUUACAGUAUGACUUCAAUUAUAAAAUUGCAAGCUUUGAGCGGGGCCAUGGAUGAGUCUCCACCUUGCUACAUCCUACAAAUAGACGAUGUUAGGAUACUGCUGGAUUGUGGUUGGGACGAAAAAUUCAACAUGGAAUUUAUAAAGGAGAUAAAAAGACAUGUGCAUACAAUUGAUGCAGUUUUGCUAUCAUACCCGGAUGUUACACAUCUAGGAGCACUACCAUAUGUUGUAGGAAAGUUAGGAUUAAAUUGUCCCAUUUAUGCCACUAUUCCAGUGUACAAAAUGGGUCAAAUGUUUAUGUAUGACUUGUAUCAAUCGCAGUAUAAUAUGAAAGAGUUUUGUAUAUUCUCAUUGGAUGAUGUUGAUACCACAUUUGAGAAAAUUAUCCAGUUAAAGUAUAAUCAGACAGUGCCCUUGAAAGGUAAAGGCUAUGGACUGGUGGUGACACCCCUUCCUGGUGGCCACAUGAUUGGUGGAACCAUUUGGAAAAUAAUGAAACUUGGUGAAGAGGACAUCAUUUAUGCCAAUGAUUUCAAUCACAAGAAAGAAAGGCAUUUGAAUGGAUGUGAACUUGAAAAACUUCAAAGGCCAUCUCUCUUAAUUACAGAUGCGUUUAAUGCAAAUUACCAGCAGGCUAGAAGAAGGGCCAGAGAUGAAAAACUUAUGACAAAUAUUCUGCAAACUUUGCGCAACAAUGGAAACGUACUUAUAGCUGUAGAUACUGCAGGAAGGGUAUUGGAACUUGCUCACAUGUUGGAUCAAUUAUGGAGGAAUAAGGAAUCGGGGUUACUGGCAUACUCUCUGGCUUUACUGAACAAUGUCAGCUACAAUGUCGUAGAAUUUGCUAAGUCUCAGAUAGAAUGGAUGAGUGAUAAAUUGAUGAGAAGCUUUGAAGGGGCCAGAAAUAAUCCGUUCCAGUUCAAACAUCUGCAGCUGUGCCAUAGCUUAUCAGAAUUGAACAAAGUACCCAGUCCUAAGGUUGUAUUGGCUAGUUCCCCAGAUAUGGAAUGCGGAUUUUCGCGAGAGCUGUUCCUACAGUGGUGUUCAAAUUCUGCGAACAGUAUUAUUUUGACGUCCAGGACCUCACCUGGAACAUUGACAAGGGAUUUGAUAGACAACGGUGGAGGCCGAACGAUCGAUUUAACAAUAGAAAGAAGAGUUAAAUUAGAAGGAGCUGAACUUGCGGAUUAUGAAAGAAGGCAGCGAGACAGGAGUGAUGUUAAUGGAGUCAAGGAGGAUGAUGACUCUGACUCGGACGAAGACAUAGAAAUGUCUGUGAUAUCAAAAGGUCGUCAUGAUAUAGUUAUCAAACAGGAAGGUAAAAUAUCGGGAGGAUUUUUUAAGGUCACUAAAAAGAUGCACCCUAUGUAUCCUUUCCAUGAAGAAAAAAUCAAGUGCGAUGAAUAUGGUGAAGUUAUAAAACCAGAAGACUAUAAGUUAGCAGAAGUACCCGUCGAAGGAGAAGAUAACAAAGAAAAUAUUGUAAUAAAACAUGAAGAAGAAGAAAUUACUGAAAUACCCGAGUUACCCACAAAAUGCAUAAUAUUGCAACGAACUGUACAAGUGAAUGCUCAGGUGCAGUAUAUCGACUUCGAAGGCAGAUCUGACGGCGAAUCAAUGAUGAAAAUACUGUCCCAGUUGCGACCUAGAAGAGUUAUUGUAGUCAGGGGUACUGAAGAUUGCACAGCGGCGAUAGAAAAGCAUUGCAGGGAGGUGGUAGGUGCGAGGACUUUUGCGCCUCAGAAGGGCGAAAUUGUUGACGCCACAAGUGAAACACACAUUUACCAGGUGCGAUUGACGGACGCGCUGGUGUCUCAAUUGAAUUUCCAGAAGGCUAAGGAAUCUGAAGUAUCAUGGUUGAAUGCUAUGAUAACGUUAAGGGAAGGACAAGCAGAUGCUAAGAGGUUAAACGUCGAUAAUGAACCGAUGGAAGUUGAAGAUGAGGACACAAGAAUCCUGACGUUAGAACCUGUAACGGAGGAAGACAUGCACGACCCAGUGUUCAUAAAUGAAUUGAAGCUUUCUGAAUUCAAACAGAUAUUGGCUAGAAGCAACAUUAGUUCAGAAUUCUCUGGAGGUGUUCUGUGGUGUUCUAAUGGAUCUAUAGCUAUCAGAAAGGUGGAGACUGGCAAGAUAAUGCUUGAAGGAUGUAUAUCAGAAGAUUAUUAUAAAGUGAAAGAAAUCAUGUAUGAACAAUAUGCAAUUUUGUGAGCCACAAUUAAAAAAAUAUAUUUAUUAAUAAAAGUGAGGUUAUGACUACUACUAUUUUCAUUUACCACAUCAAGCAAUCAUUUUUAACUGUUAAGACAAUUACUCAGGAGCUACCACUCAACAAAAUGUAAAUUGAUGGAUUGAGAGAAGUCUUUAUUGUCUCGAGCUACAACACAUAUAUCACCAGUAUCCUUCACGCUUCGACGUCUUCUGAGGUCAACAGCUGAUCAGCAAGUGACAUUUUUGUGUUAGUCUGAAACGUUGGCAAUAACGAAUCGGAUGUAAAUCUUGGAAAACUUUCUUGUUUGUAGCGUUCUGUUUUUUAUGCAAAUGACCUUUUCUAAAUAAAAGAGCUUUUAGCAAUUACAAAAUGAACUUUGCCGAUAUGGGGAAUUUUGAAAUAUUACUAGAUAAUCAGCUGUCAUUCUAUCGUGAUGGAUACUCGUGAAAUAGGGUAUAAGGCAACAAAGAACAGAACAUUUGUCAGAAACUAUAACCACACUUUUUCUUAUGAACACAAAAAUGUUGUACGCCGUUUGUCUUGCUUGGUUUAUUAUAUUUCGUUUGUUAAUUUUUGCUUUGAUUUAGAAAUGGGAAGUGAAGGUAACUUAAUACACUUUUUCGCUAGUAAAAUAAAGUUUAUCAGCAUACUUUUGAAACUGAGCAGCAGUUACGAGAAUGACCAGAAAUGUUUCGUGAUGUCUUGAAUUCUAUAGUUAGGUCAUGUUUAUGCUUCUUAGAAAAUAAUGGCAACCCAUUUGAACACUUAUUGAGAAUAAAAUAUACAUGAAAUUUAAAUUGAUGGAUUGGCGGAAGCCUUUCGAGGUACCAGACAUAUUUAUAAACUAUUUCACGAGCAUCCAUCACGCGUUGACGUCUACUGAGGUGAACAGCAGAUCAGCAAUUGAUAUUUUUGUGUUAUUCUGAAACGUUGGCAAUAAUGAAUCGGAUGUAAAUCUAGGAAAACUUGUUUGCAGCGUUUUGUUUUUUUAGGCAAGUACAAAAUGAAUCUGUAACGUACAAAAAAAGAAAAACGAAACAAAAUAUGGCUCUGACUACCUGACAUUGACGGAUCCGUCAGAAUUAUGCGUCCUUUGCGGAUAUGAGGAAUUUUGAAAUAUUACUAGAUAAUUAGCUGUCAUAUUACUAUAAUGGAUACUCGUAUUUCACGAGUAUCCCAUCACGCUUAGACGUCGACUAAGAUGAACAGCUGAUCAGCAAUUGACAUUUUUGUGUUAGUCUGAAACGUUGGCAAUAAUAAAACGGAUGUUAAUCUAGGAAAACUUUCUUGUUUGUAGCGUUUUUUCUAUGCAAAUGACAUUUUCUAAAUAAAAGAGCUUUAAGCAAUUACAAAAUGAAUUUGCGACGUUCAAAAAAAAAACAAAACAAAAUAUGGCUCUGUCUACCUGACAUUCACGGAUCCGUCAGAAUUAUGUGUCCUUUGCCGAGGUGGGGAAUUUUGAAAUAUUACGAGAUAAUCAGCUGUCAUUUUACCGUUAUGGAUACUCGUGAAAAGGACUAUACACCAGUUAUAUUAACAAAUCCAAGUGAAUAACCAAAACUUUUGUUAUUUACCGCGGUUAUAAUGUGGUUUAAGAUGACACACGAGUUGAUGAUAUCAGUUACUCGAAUCGCUUGAAUGCGUUGGUUUUAACCUCGGUUUUGUUGCAAGUUGUUUAUUUCAGAAAAGUGCGUAUAUAAUUUCUGAUUAUUUGAAUUGUUACUUAAUAA